AUGGAUGCAGAAAACCAAACAGCAGUUUUAGAGUUCAUCCUCCUCGGACUCUCUGAGGAUCCAGAACGGCAGCACCUCAUAUUUGUACUGUUCCUGUCCAUGUACCUGGUCACGGUCCUCGGGAACCUGCUCAUCAUCUUGGCCAUCAGCUCUGACUCCCACCUCCACACCCCCAUGUACUUCUUCCUCUCCAACCUGUCCUUGGUUGACAUCUGUUUCAGCACCAGCAUAGUCCCCAAGAUGCUGGUGAACAUACAGACAGAGAACAAAGCCAUCUCCUACAUAGACUGCCUAACUCAGGUAUAUUUUUCCAUGCUUUUUCCUAUCCUAGACACUCUACUCCUCACUGCGAUGGCCUAUGACCGGUUUGUGGCCAUCUGCCACCCCCUGCACUACACAGUCAUCAUGAAUUCCCGCCUCUGUGGCCUGCUGGUUUUUAUGACCUGGUUCAUUGGUGUCAUGACUUCUCUGCUCCAUAUUUCUCUGAUGAUGCAUCUGACCUUCUGUAAAGAUCUUGAAAUUCCACAUUUCUUUUGUGAACUGACACAGAUUCUCAAGUUGGCCUGCUCUGAUACCUUCCUGAACAGCACGUUGAUAUAUUUUAUGACGGGAGUGCUGGGCGUUUUCCCCCUCAUUGGGAUCCUUUUUUCUUACUCCCAAAUUGUUUCAUCCAUACGGAAGAUGUCCUCAUCCAGAGGAAAGCAAAAAGCAUUUUCCACCUGUGGGUCUCACCUCUCAGUCGUGUCUCUGUUUUAUGGGACAGGCGUUGGGGUCUACUUCACGUCCAUGGUGACUCACUCCUCCCAGAAAGUCUCAGUGGCUGCGGUGAUGUACACUGUGGUCACCCCCAUGCUGAACCCCUUCAUCUACAGCCUGAGGAACAGGGAUGUGAAGGGGGCCCUGGGAAGACUCUUCUGCAGAGCAGCCUCUUGUCUGUGA